AUGUCUGGCGCUGCGGAUCGAGAGGCCGUCUUUCCCACCCGGCAAUCGCUGGGAAUCAUGAAGGCGAAACUUAAGGGUGCAGAGAUUGGGCACAGCUUGCUCAAGAGAAAGAGUGAAGCCCUUACAAAGCGGAUCGACGAGGCGAAACGGAAGAUGGGCCGGGUGAUGCAGAUCGCAUCGUUUUCGCUGGCUGAGGUGACCUAUGCCGUUGGCGGCGAUAUUGGCUACCAAGUGCAGGAGUCGGCAAAGGCUGCCCGUUUCCGCCUCCGGGCGAAGCAGGACAACGUCUCUGGCGUGCUUCUGCCGGCAUUUGAAAGUUACUUGACAGAGGGAAACAAUGAUUUUGGGUUGACGGGUCUGGGUAAGGGUGGACAGCAGGUCCAACGGUGCCGAGAGACGUAUGCUCGUGCAGUUGAAGCGCUCGUCGAACUAGCAAGUCUUCAGACAGCCUUCGUCAUCUUGGAUGACGUUAUCAAGGUUGUCAACAGGCGUGUGAAUGCCAUUGAGCACGUUAUCAUUCCCCGAACGGAGAAUACCAUCAAGUACAUCAACUCGGAACUCGAUGAGCUCGACCGUGAGGAGUUUUACAGGUUGAAGAAGGCAAGAUGGCAAACGCUCUCAUAUGUUUCGAACAAAAAGCAGCGCGACACUGCAGCUGCCGAUGCGGAAUUUAAGGCAAAGAGGGAGGCCUUGGCACAGAAAGAAGGCGGCGCCCAGAAGCAGGAAGAAGAACCUGCCGAUGCCCUUGCUGCCGAUGAGGACGAGGAUGUGAUUUUCUAG